AUGGCUUUUGUCGCAACACUAGCUCGCCGUGCAGCUAAAUCGGCUUCGGGCCCGGCCAAUGAAGCAGUUUUGAAGAGGGGCGCACGCCGAGAUCCCGAGCUUUAUAUCCUCCUCGGUGUCAUGUCUGGUGCAUUCGGACUUGCUGGCUUCUAUUUUGGUCGCAAGCCUACCACCGCGACCUCAGAAGCCGAAGUCUCAGUCGCCAGCAGCUCGAUGCCCUGGCAGAUCGACCACGAUCACGAGGACCAUUCCAAGCACUUUAAAUACCAAUAUCACCCCAAGGGCGACAAGAACCAGGCCCCCAAGAAUGCUCCUAGUGCAUUGAACACCGUUGUCGUUCCGAAUGUGACCUUACCGAAGGCCAUUCACGAUGCCUUCAACAAAUGGGGAAAGGAGGGCUAUUAA